UCAUAACCCUUUCAAAACCCUAGGAAUUUGAAUCCCAAAGCUCUCCCAGUGAGGACUCCGGCGAAAUGCCCGGCGUGACGUCGAAUUCCAGCGACUCCACUCUCUCCAUUGUUCCCCAUUCCUCUGACUCUGAAACCCCCAGAGUUUACCCUCUCCGGCACCAUGGUCUCACUCCUCCACUCGCCCGCGUUUCGAUCUCUUGGGCUCGUGGCAACACGCUCCGCGUCUCGCUCAUUCAGUCCGAAGCCGUUUCUGGGCAACAGACUGGCGGAGAAGUGGUAGAAGUGAAACUAACCAAUAUGAAAGGAGGAGAAAUCACCGCCGCGCAGUGGCGAAGAAUUGCAUAUGGGUCUGUCACUCCAUUCGCGCUUCUACAGAGCCGGAAGAACUCAAUGGACUCGUCGCACUACAGUAAAGACUGGUGGGAACAUGUAAUGGAGUACAGCAGGGAGAUAAAUUCUCUUCUUGCUAAUUCAGAGUCAUCUGGUAAUCUGGUUAUUGAAGAUCCCAAGGCAUUAUUAAAGAAAGAGGAGGAGCCAACCAGUUUAAAAGCUGCAUGGGAGCUGAUGGAAAUAUUUUAUGCAGACAAGCAAUCUGAGACUUAUAUUCCUGAACGGUUGCUUGAUUGGUUGUCUGAUUAUGACUGUCUGUUCUCUGGAACUCAGCCAACUGCACAUGCAAAACUUGUUGAUUUCCAAAAAGAACUUGUAACUUUACAGAUAAUUGAGAAUGAUCCUAAGUACUGGGAAACAAUGUCCUCAGCCUUAGCAGUUGGCUGGCUAGAUAUCGUGGUAAAACUGUUGCAUUUGCAUGGAUCUUAUCAGUUUGAUCAGCUAGGGAACCGUGAGACAGAAAAUGGACUUGUAGAAGCAGUUGCUGUUCUCAUAUCUCAAAUGCCACGCAUGCGGCCUGAUAUACCAUUGGGAAAAUUAGGUGAAUGUUACCAUACCAAGCCUGAGUUUAUGAAGGCAUGGGAGAAGUGGAGAUCACAAAUUACUAAAUUGGACUGCAGUUCAUUCUGGCUUCAAUGUGAUCACCAUCAGACUCGGGAAGGACUGAAAAAUAUGCUUCAAAUCAUGCUGGGAAACACUAGCAUUCUCUCCAAUGUGACGUAUCAUUGGAUAGAGCUUUAUAUAUCUCACUUUCUGUACGUCAGGCCUUUCACUGUGGGUUUAGAAAACAUGUGCAACUUAGCUCAGAAAUGCAUGCAUUUGAAACCAAUUUCCAAUCACCAUAAGUUGAUGGGACUCAUAAUUGGGAUUCUAGAAGAAAAUAUUGAGGUUGUUCUGGCUGAAUGCUCUAGAUCAUUUGACCCCUGGAUGAUUACACAUGCUAUAGAGCUGCUGACAGCUGGGAGCACUCAAGCAGAAAUACUUAUACAUGAAGAGCAGUCUAAACUGGGAGGAAUCAGCAUAGAAGAGCUUCAAAGACUUGUCUAUGCUCAAGUUCUAUCUUCUCAUGCAAUGACGUGGAAUGUAAGUGUUCAUGGAAUGUGUUCUUAUGUGUAUGGGUAUCUCUGUCUCCUAGUUGUUUGAUUUCCUGGAACAAUGAGUAUACAUAAAUCAAAGUUACUGAUACACUUUAACGUCCAAUUAGACCUAUCUCUGUCAAUCAUCAUUAACACUGACAGUGCACAAGGUUUACAAGGGUGGUACUGUGCUGGAUAUGUGGAUCGUAGAGGUGCCAGGUGUAUGCAAGUUUCCCUUGCCAAUAGUAAAAUGUUCUGCGUAUUGUGUCUCUAUGACUAUUGAAUUUUCACUCUUAUUCUCCAGUCCCUUGAAUUUUCGUUAUAAUGCAGUCCCAGCCACAAAGUUGGGUAUAAUUUGUAGAUGUGAGACUCUUUUCAGAAUUUAUGAUAGUGAAGAUUGUAGACAUUCCUUCAAGUUAUCUUUAAUGCACAUUACUACUUUAUUUGUAUGCUUGGCAUGGAUGCUCCGUGGACUAAUUAGUUUUCUCUCCUUUUUCUUUUCUUUUUCAAAAAUAGUUGUAUAGCUGUUAUUCAACAAUUUAGACUUGAAAUACUGUG